AUGAGAAUCCGCUGCUUGUCAUGGUUUUUCUUGAUAGCCUUCGUGACAGUUUUGUCUGAUGCAGUCUUGGUUUAUGGCGGCCAAUGUCAAAGUGAUCAGAAAACGUUGUUGCUUAGAUUAAAUGCCAGUCUUGUACUUGAUCGGAGUAUAUCAGCAAAACUGGUGCACUGGGAUCAGACCCAAGACUGUUGUAAUUGGCACGGCGUAAACUGUGAUUCCGGCGGUCAAGUUAUUGGUCUCAACUUGAGCAAUGAAUCUAUUUCUGGAGGGAUUGACAAUUCAAGCAGUCUCUUUGAUCUCCAAUUCUUGCAGAGGCUGAAUUUGGAUAGAAACAAUUUUAGCUCCGAGAUUCCAUCUGGGUUUAGCAAGCUAACGAAUCUGAGUUACCUUAAUCUGUCGAAUGCCAGGUUUCUCGGACAGGUUCCAAUUGAGAUUUCACGGAUGAGAAACUUGGUAACUCUUGAUUUAUCAAGCUUUCCGUUGCUUGGAGCAGGUGCACUGAAAAUUGAAAAUCCAAAUCUUACAACUCUUGUUCGAGAUCUUUCGGAACUAAGAGACCUUCGUCUUGAUGGCAUCAAUAUAUCUACACUAGGGACUGAGUGGUGUCAGAUUAUAUCCUCUUCACUUCCUAAGCUGCAAGUUUUGAGUUUGUCCAGGUGUUCUCUUUCUGCACCUACGUCCUCUUCCAUUGCAAAGUUACGGUUCCUGUCAGUGAUACGCCUGGAUCAGAACAAUCUGUCAAACACCGCUCCAGCAGGCUUUGCUGAUUUCUCCAAUCUGACUGCAUUGCGUCUCAGCUUUUGUGAAUUGAAUGGAACAUUUCCAGCCAAGAUAUUCCAGGUACCAACCCUAGAGACUCUUGACCUGUCAAACAACAAAUUCCUUCGUGGUUCUUUGCCAGUUUUUCCUCAGAAUGCAUCAUUAAAGAACCUGGUGCUCAGUGACACAAGUUUUUCUGGGACAUUACCAGACUCGAUUGGCAGAAAUAGGAAUUUGUCAAGAAUAGAUCUUGCCGGUUGCAAUUUCAGUGGACCAAUUCCCAGUUCAAUGAGAAAUCUCACCCAACUUGUUUAUCUGGACUUUUCAUCCAAUGCAUUCACUGGUCCAAUUCCGCCAUUUCAUGGCUCCAAGAAUCUUACCUAUUUAGAUCUGUCUCGUAAUAAGUUAAAGGGUGUGAUUUCUUCCACUCACUGGCAAGGCCUUCUGAACCUCGUCAAUGUGGAUUUACAAAACAAUUCUCUAAAUGGGUCUAUUCCUUCUUCUCUGUUUACAUUGCCAUCAUUGCAGAAACUUCAGCUUUCUAAAAACCAAUUUGUUGGCCAUUUCCCUGAGUUCUCAAAUGCAUCUUUCUCCUCACUAGAUACCCUGGAUCUGAGUAGCAAUAGAUUAGAAGGACCAAUUCCCAUGUCUGUCUUUCAACUCAAGAGACUCAAUCUUCUUUUACUUUCUUUUAACAAGUUCAAUGGCUCCAUAAAGCUAGCUAGGCUUUGGAAUCUGAGUAAUCUCACUAGCAUCGACCUUUCAUACAACAAGUUAUCAAUAGAUGCAAGUGGUAACUACUCCAACUUUUCCUCCUUCCCCCAGAUUAGCACAUUGAAAUUGGCUUCAUGCAAUUUGAAAGUAUUUCCUGAUCUAAGGAACCAACAAAAACUACGCCAUUUAGACCUUUCAGACAACCAAAUUACUGGGGCAAUACCCAGUUGGAUUUGGACAGCGGCUAACGAGUCUCUCCAACAUCUAAAUCUUUCACAUAAUUUUCUUGUGGAACUGCAAGAACCUUAUUCUUCUCUCAGUUCUCUUCCUAGCCUUGUUGUUCUGGACCUCCACUACAACCAACUCCCUGGCAAGAUUCCAAACCCUCCAUCGUCUGCCACCUACGUGGAUUAUUCAAGCAAUAACUUCUCUUCUUUCAUUCCAAAGGACAUUGGUGUCCACCUUUUUGUCACUUAUUUCUUCUCCCUUUCCAAUAACAGCCUCAAAGGAGUUAUACCAGAGUCGAUAUGCAAAGGUGGUUAUCUUCAAGUCCUGGACUUGUCUAACAAUGAUUUGACUGGGACAGUACCCCCGUGCCUAAUCGGGAAGAGCAAAACUUCUGUAGUUCUAAAGCUGCGAGGAAACCGUCUAAAUGGGAGUAUUUCUGAUGAGUUUACAAGAAAUUGCACUCUGCAAACGUUGGAUCUCAAUGGAAAUCAAAUAGAAGGGAAGUUUCCAAAAUCAAUAGCCAAUUGUGCGAAGCUGGAGGUUUUAGACCUGGGGAACAAUCAGAUCAAUGACAACUUCCCAUGCAUGUUGAAGAAUAUAUCCAGUUUGCGUGUCCUUGUUCUGCGAGUCAACAAGUUCUAUGGUGACAUUGUUUGCCCAGAGAACAAUGCUAGCUGGCCGAUGCUUCAGAUUGUUGAUCUGGCUUCCAACAAUUUUAGUGGCAACAUAUCACAAAAUAGCAUAACCACCUGGAAGGCAAUGAUCGUUGGAGAAAAUGGCGCACAAUCAAAGUUGGAUCAUAUCCAAUUUCAGUUCCUGCCCCUCAGUUUCUUGUACUACCAGGAUUCAGUAACAAUUACCUUCAAAGGUCUAAAUAUGGAGCUCGUAAAGAUCCUUACUGUCUUCACCUCCAUUGACUUCUCGUGCAACAAGUUUCAGGGGCCAGUGCCAGAUGUGAUAGGAGAACUCACAGCUCUUAAAUUCCUCAACUUGUCACAAAAUGCUCUAACAGGCCCAAUUCCAUCAUCUUUGGGGAACUUGCGGGAACUUGAGUCCUUAGACCUCUCUCAGAACUACCUGACGGGGAUGAUUCCGCAGCAGCUGAUACACAUGACUUUCCUCUCGGCCCUGAAUCUCUCACACAAUCAACUUGCAGGACGUAUCCCAAAUGGUGCACAAUUUAACACAUUUGACAAUAGUUCAUAUGAAGGCAACCGAGGAUUAUGCGGGUCUCCCUUGUCCAAAAGCUGCAACACCAUCAAGGUAACUCCUCCUGGCCCAGAAAUUCAAAAUGAAGAUUCAAGAGAUAAUUUUGAUUGGUGGUUCAUAGCCAUUGGACUGGGGUUCGGGGUUGGGGCAGCAGUGGUCGUGGCGCCCUUAAUGCUCUGCAAGAAAGCAAGUAAAGGGGUUGAUGAUAACAUUGACAAGAUCCUUCUGGUGAUCCUUCCAAUGCUGGGGUUAAUGUACACAAGUGCAAAUAAUGGGAGGAUUCAACCAGAUGAAAGUUCUGAUGAUGAUACGGAAGAAUCCAAUAAUGACGAUGAAGAAUCGAAUGGGAGAUAUUGUGUGUUCUGCACAAAACUUGACAUGACCAGAAAAAAGGUCAUUCAUGACCCACACUGUACUUGCCACGACUCGCCACAUAUUUCUUCAUCAUCUCUAUUUCCAUCCUCGUCUCUUUCCCUCGAAAGAUUAUAA